GGACGUCGCACCCGGAAGUGGAGCGGCUCCGCGACGGAGCUGUGGCGAUCGCGGCAGAGCCCCGAGGAUUCCGCUUUCUCGGGAGGAAACCACCGCGUCGGAUCGGCGCUGCGGGCUACAGCCACAGGCCUGCUUGGCCAUGGCCUUGACUGUGGAGACCGAGUCGCACAUCUAUCAAGCUUUGCGCACUGCCUCUGGUGCUGCUGCCCACCUUGUGGCCCUGGGCUUCACCAUCUUUGUGGCUGUGCUUGCCAGGCCUGGCUCCAGCCUGUUCUCCUGGCACCCUGUGCUUAUGUCUCUUGCUUUCUCCUUCCUGAUGACCGAGGCACUGCUGGUGUUCUCUCCUGAAAGUUCGCUGCUGCGCUCCCUCUCGAGGAAGGGUCGAGCACGCUGCCACUGGGUGCUGCAGCUGCUGGCCCUGCUGUGUGCGCUGCUGGGCCUGAGCCUUGUCAUCCUCCACAAGGAGCAGCAGAGCAAAGCCCACCUGGCCACAUGGCAUGGACGGGCAGGGCUGCUGGCUGUGCUGUGGGCGGGGCUGCAGUGCUCAGGUGGGGUGGGGCUGCUGUACCCCAAGCUGCUGCCCCGAUGGCCCCUGGCCAAGCUCAAGCUGUACCAUGCCACUUCAGGGCUGGUGGGCUACCUUUUGGGUAGUGCCAGCCUCUUGCUGGGCAUGUACUCACUGUGGUUUACUGCCACAGUUACCGGUGGGGCCUGGUACCUGGCUGUGUUAUGUCCUGUCCUCACCAGCCUUGUCAUCAUGAACCAGGUGAGCAACGCCUAUCUGUAUCGCAAGAGGAUCCAGCCAUGAACCCCUCCUAGCCUAGUGGAAGUCUGGACUUGUCCCUCAGUGUACAAGCUGGGGCUAGGACCUCCUGGGCUCUCUCAGCUGACUGUGUCAAGGGUACACCUCAGGUACUGGGGCAGUCAGGGUUGGGAGGAGACCUGUGUGUGACAUCUUUGCUCUUCGUGCUGGAGUGCCUCCUCUUCUCUCUCCACUGUCCCAGAGAAGCAUAUGGAUCAUGUGUCUGAUGAAGCUGGGGUUGCAAGACUGCCUCCCCAGCAAAUCAGCACUGGCAUUUCCAGAAAUUACAAGGGGAAAAAAAAAAAAGUAAAAUAAAAA